AUGGACUGUGGAGAUAUUAGUAGUAAAGAAAGCGAGGAAAUAAUGAAAUCAUCAAAGAAAAUGCUUGCAACAAGUGAAUGUCCUAAAUUUCAUGAAGUUGAUGAUAGUGAUUGAGAUGAAAACGAAAUUUCCAGCAAUAGUCAAAUUGAAAUUGAAAUCAAAAAGAAAAGACCUAACAGUGCUCUUAAGCAAGGCAAUCCGAUAAGCAAGCCAACAUUUAAAAGCUUCAAAACAAUGAGGAAAUUUCAGUCAACAAACAACAUCAAUUCCGAUGAAUGACAACAAAGAAAGGUGACCUUGGAAGAUAUACAGUCUGAAUCAUGGAAUUCGAGUGAGAGUGAGCUGGAACAGGAACAGGAAUCUCUUAAGAAGGAGCAGGAGAGCAAACCUCCUUUCCAACCUAAACAGCUGGGGAACUUAAUAACUCUGAGAAGGGAAUAUUUGGAGAGGAGUAAAGAUACAGCAACAAUAGUACACACUUUCGACCAAGGAAGAAUACUUGAAAUAAAAUAAGCCACAACCCAAAUUAGAGAAGAAAAAGCUUGAAAAAAUCAAGAUUGAUAUGAUCAGAGAGCUUAAUGACGAUCCAAAGACAAAACAUCUCAGUAUUGUCCAGAAAAAGACCCUUGUCGAGAAGCAAUUUUGCAAUGAAAUCGGAAAGAAAGAGAUAAAAGUAUCCCCUGAGAUCAUCAAGGAAGAGCAAAAUUCUACGCUCAAGAACAUGAGGAAGGACUUGAAGCGGCUCUCUACUAUCCUAAGAAUCAACCAAAAGGACUUCAGUAAAGUAAAAUAAAAACAUACUAUCCAGCCCAAAGUAUAGGGAAAAAGAGUCUCAGGAUUUAUCGAAUGAAGAUGGCUUGUCCCAUAGAGGCAUGAGGUUGGAGGGAAAUGGAAGCUUAGGUGAAGAGGGGGAUAAUAAGUCAGAAGGGAAUUUUAGAAGGGAUGCAAGUAGCAAAAAGUGAAAUUUAAGUAUGGUUAAAAGAACUCUUGCAUUGAAGAGAAAAGUGACCUGAAAUGUCGAGAAUAUUAAUAAGAAGAGCUUCAGGCCUCCUUUCAUUUCGCUGAAAUCCAUCAGAAUUCGUAGAGGUAAGGAGAAAGAAAGAUCGAAUGUUGAUAUUCAUGAAUGUUUACGCCAAGACCCAUCCAGUAGAAGCGUUCUAAAGGAUCGAAAUAUUAGCAAAGAAAAUAUAAAAAUUGAGACUCUAUCAAUGCGGAAAGUUCUCUCGCCCAUCCCUAAGCAGAAAUACCACAGCUUAGCUGCUUUCAGAGAGGGAGAAUUAAUGACAAUGAACAUCACUCAGCUAUUUCAUGAGUUGAAAUAAAUUAGUGAAUAGUGCAUAUUCAGAUCAAAAUAGAAACAAUGCUCUUGACUCAGAUAAGAAGUUAGCAGCACUGAAAACUGCAGUAAACCUUCUUGAAGAAUACAAUGAACUCCGUUGUAAGAUAAAGCGCGAGCUUACUUCAGCAUACGACGAAAAUCGACCUAAGAGCAAGAGUCUUAAUGUUGACAUGAAAUUGUCUCAAAAAUUGGCAGAUAUUUCCAGCCAAAUUGAAACAUCAAUUAUGCCCUUUAGCUGCGAGUACAGUGUUAUCCUAGAUGUGAUCAAGCACAUCAAAGUGAGAAGAAAGGCAAAGCAGAUGAAAUCAAAUAAGCCAUCUAUCAAAGGAUCCCAUUUAAGAAAUAUUAGCUUCAACAACAACUCGUUGACUUCUGAGUUACACCGAAAAAGAUGUGGCAAGAAUAAGAAAAAGAGGAUCUUCAGUAAUGACAGAGUUAUUGAUAAACUCCCACUAGUCCAGAGCAACUUUAAAAGAUGAGCUAGCCCCUCUAAGCCGCUUGAAAGUUCAUUAAUGUCACUUAAAAGUCCAAUGAAGCCUAAUAAGAAUUCAAAAAUGGGGAAUCUUGAUAUUCCUAUUAUAAAGACACAGAAAGGCUCAAGCUCCUCACCUAAAAAGAACAGGAGAAGGGCUCCUCGAAGGAACCAAAAGAUGAGCAAAAUUGAUGUUUUGGCAAAGAUGGACAAGGGAAAAAUCUCAAGGAAAUCAAACCUGACUGCAAUGAAGAUCAACCAGACAAUUAUUGGCAAAAUUCAGAAUGCCAAAGAAAAUCUGAACCAAACUUUUAACACAGAAAACAUGAAGAGAAGAAUUAAUAGACGCAAGAUUAUUAAUACGAUCAAAAGUGGAUUUAAGAGGAAGAAUAAUAGUGCUUCCAGGAUGCCAGCUCUGAAGAUACCCAAAGAAGUAAGAUUAGGUGCUAUGCUUUCAGCUAAGAAAGCACCUAGGAAGACUAGGAAGUCUUCCAGAAAUGUCUUGAAGGAACGCUGAAUUAGUGAAGGGGCUAGAAGCCCCUUGGUCUUUGCAUCAAAUCACAAGAAGAAUAAGCUCAGGAAGCUUGAUAAGGCUACUCUUGGUCUCAUGGAAAGAAAAUAUCUCUGUGUUUCUUCUUAAAUAUUAGGAAUUUUAUACAUUUUUGCUAAAUUUGCA